AUGGUAAGCCAAGUGCCUCUUAUCGUAUCCUGCUUCUUAACUAUUUUUGUAGUACAAAGUUCUGCUCUUUGGUGUUAUCAAUGUGUUUCAACACAGCCAGGAUGUGGAACACCUUUCAAUUGGCUCUGGCAUUGGACAAAAGUAUGUCCUGAAGAUGAGGAUGUCUGUGUGAAAAUCCUUGAAGAAAAAGAUGGGAACACUGUCAUUACCAGAGACUGUUUGAGUUCCCUGCAGGGCCUUCGAACAGAUAUCCCAGCUGACCAUUAUGAAGGUUGUAGACCUGCUGCUGUGGACUUGAAAUUGGGAAACUAUGUUAAUAAUAGUAUUAAAGAACUAGAUAUUUACAGGAGGUACUAUGACAAAACAACUUGGUGUUUCUGCUUUUUGGAUCAUAGAUGUAAUAGUGGCUUCAUCAACAAGUUUUCUCCAAUAGUAAUAAUUUUAGGAUUUGUAAUUGCUAUUUAUCAGCAGUUAUGA